UUAAAACGAUAGAUCAAAGAAUUUAUUUUUAGUAAAUGAAAUCAGUUUUGUGUUCAGGCAUAUCCCGGAAUGAAAGAAGUCUCGUGAGUCUGCGUCCUCUAAUCGUCUUGCCAACUUCAUUGAAUCAUUGCUCAAACGAAUAUUUUUUUUUUUUUGCUCAAACGAAAUAUAUUCCAUUCGAAUGUGGAGGGAAUGUCUCAUAGUUGGCUUCAUUUCUUGUGUGAGGUGGACUGUGGACAGAGCUCACGUUACUUCUUAGUCUGUCAUGUUAUGUUUUCGUGUCUUUGUUUUGGAUAUUGAUUACUGCGUAAAUAUCUUGCACUGAUAAAUGGUUGACUCUUGGUUGUAAACUUGGGUGGUAAGAACGUUUUUUGAUGUUAAAUAGUAUCAUAUCAUAUGAUACAUAUGAUACGUGCCAGCGCGAAAACCGCAUCUAAAAGUAUAUCCAAGUUUUAAAAAGGAAAAAAAUAGGAGAGUACGCAGUGGCGAAUCCGGAAAGUUUUUGAAUCGGGGGCACAUGCACAUAUUAAUAUUUUUUUUUAAAAUGAUACGCAUAACAAAAGUUAACUAUAAAUAUACGCAUAACAGGCUUCAAACCACGGAUAGUUGAAUGAUGACAGGGAAGUGAAGCCACUGAACUAGUUCAAGCUAUUACGUUCCAACUAAUACUGAACAAUAUAUAUUUAGUCGGGGGCACGUGCCCCCGUACCUGACAAGGUGCAUCCGCCCCUGAGAGUACGUGCCGACUACUCGUGAAUACAUGUGUCUGUAUCUGGUCAGAUUUGAUAUUAUUUGGCAAUAAAAUUCUACAGACUUUUUUCAAAAAAAAAAAUUCUACAGACUUGUGAACUCAUAUAUUUUAAUGGGUCAGUAAUCAUCCAUGUCUAUUUAUACACAACACAAUAAACGUUACAGAUACACGCAAAAAACAUGUAUACCGAGGACAAGAAGAAAAAUACCAACUAUGGGUCGAUCUUUGUCUACUGCUUCUUCGGUUUUGUUCUCGUUGUGGGGGUGGUAAGGUAUGCAAAACCUUAUUACAAUCUUCAAAGCCUAAUGGAGACAGGAGCAGUAAUAGAAGAAGCAUUCUUGGAUGUGGAGAAAUCACUUCCAUCUGCCUCAAGGAGCUCUGUAUCUGUUCCUGCUCGGAAUCACCAGAAGCUCUCAUCAACAGUAAAUGAAGAGACUCGAACUCGUCCCCCAAUUUCGUACUGUGUGAAGUUCGAGUCAUUUUCCACUAUGGCGAACCUGGUCAAAGACAACGGUGAAAAGUACGAGUCACGUCCUUUCUCAGCCGGUGGAUACAAUUGGACGUUCCUCAUCUACCCAAACGAGAACAAGCCAGAGGGCUCGGGUGGAUACAUUUCGCUUUACGUAAAAAUCGAUAACUCAAGUCUCAUCACCUAUCAAAACGAAGUGUAUGCGUGGAUCAAAUUCCUCAUCUACAAAAGCAAUACAGACACGUACUAUGAGUACCAUGGUACUACUUAAUUACCUAGAGAGAGGGUGAUACAUAAUUGUUCUAAACUUUUAUGGUUUCUUAACUAGUUUUGAUCGGUUUGCAGCGACUAAGGCGCAGAGAUUUCAUUUGUUUAAACAGGAGUACGGAAUGCUCAACUUUCUUAGUAUUCAGUAUAUCAAAUAUAUAUCCGGAAUAUGGAUACCUUUUCAACGGCGGACAAACUGUGUUUGGCGUUGACAUCGUUGUUUCUAAACCCUCUGGCACAUGGGAAGAUGUCUCUUACGAAGAAAAUAUUCGUGACCCUAUUCUUGAUUGGAGACUCACCAACUUUUCUAUCCGCGAUCAAGUCUCUUACACUUCUGAUACGUUUUCAUCCGGAGGGAGAAACUGGUGACUCUCUCCACAUAUAUAUAUAUUUACAAGACACACACACACACAUAUAUAUAUAUAUAGUAUGUAUUAACUUAUGUGAUGUUAGUAUACAUAUACAAUAUGUAUUAUACGUAUAAAGUAUGUAUUAACUUUUGUGAUGUAUGUGUAGGGUAUUGAAAGUGUAUCCAAAUGGAGUUGGGUCUGCAACGGGUAAUUCAUUGUCACUAUACUUGUUGAGUGCGUCAAACCAGAAGGGUUACGUGAAAGCCAAGUUUAGAGUUAUUAACCAGACCCCAUCUAACAAUGUAGAGAAACAAGGUUAGUGCCUAAGAUAAAAUACUAUAUAGGCUUAUUUGAAAGAUGUUAAACUAACUCUUGAUUUGUUCCUACAGUGGGGGGAUGGCCCAAUGCACAAGAAAAUGGAUGGGGUUAAGACAAACUUAUACCUCUCGCAGAUAUAAAAAAUACGUCCACAGGUUUCCUCGUCAAGGAUACCAUCAAAAUUGAAGUCGAGAUCCUGGCCUUCUCUAGAGCCGACGCCGUCUCUAACUAAGGCUUAAGAUAAUCGUGGCUCGUACUUGUGCUGUUUUUUCCUAUCAUAACAGAUACUUGGUAGUAACUCCAAGUGAAUUACUAUCACUUUGUUUCACUGUUUUUGUUUCCGUCCAAUAAUAAAGAGUCCGAGCUUUUCUUUUUUUAUUAAUAACAGGAAAACAUAUAAUGCAGUUAUAAAGCAAACCACACAAAAAUUAACGUCUUUCACCAAAUUACUACGGGUAAAGAGAUGUUUUAUUAGUGGAGAUGAUUUCAUAUUUCUUAGUACAAUCAGUAGGAUUAAAAGAACAUAGGAUAUAUAACUAUAUUUUGCAUCCUAAAAUCCUCUUUGACAGGAUUUCUAGCUGACUAAUAAUGCUACCGGGUCGCAUCAUAUUAAAAACGCAUCAAAAAAAUUCUGUGUCAAACUUUGAUCAAUCAGAUAUCAAAUAACACAACAUAAAACACCAAACUAUAUACAUAUAUAUAUAUAUAUAUAUAUGAUUAAAGAAAAGCAGCAACAUAUAUA